AUGUCGACCGCCGACGAGCACCAGGGCACUCAUCGCAAGCCCGAACUGGCUCAUGGAAAGCAUGGCGCUCAGCAAGAGCAGUCCAUGACUCUGUGGAAGGCAAUCCGGCUCUAUCCCAAGGCUGUGGGUUGGUCGGUGUUGCUGUCCUCCACGCUGAUCAUGGAGGGCUAUGAUCUGGCGCUGCUUGGGUCCAUGUAUGCCUCGCCUCCCUUCAACAAGAAGUACGGCGUGCCCACGUCCGAUGGUAAAUGGGGUGUCCCGGCGUCCUGGCAGUCGGCCCUCUCCAACGGAGCUCGAGUGGGCGAGGUCUUCGGUUUGUUGAUCAACGGUCUGAUCUGCGAACGAAUUGGAUAUCGCUGGACCAUGAUCAGUGCUUUAAUCGCUAUGAACGCCGUCAUUUUCAUCUUCUUCUUCGCCGUUAACGUGCAGAUGUUGCUCGCUGCUGAGAUCCUGGCCGGUAUCCCCUGGGGUAUCUUUCAGACCCUGCCAGCGCAGUAUGCGUCGGAAGUGUGUCCCGUGGUGCUCCGCCCAUACCUGACGACCUAUAUCAACAUGUGCUGGGUGAUAGGUCAAUUCGUGGCCGUCGGCGUCAACCGUGGCUCUAUCCCGCGUGAUGACCAGUGGGCUUACCGCAUCCCCUUCGCUAUUCAAUGGGUGUGGCCUCUCCCCAUUCUCCUUGGAAUCCUCUUCGCUCCCGAGUCCCCCUGGUGGCAUGUUCGUCGCGGUGAUGUGGACGGUGCCCAUCGUGCACUGAAGCGAUUGACAUCCACUGGAGACCCGACCUUCGACGCCGAUGCGACCAUCGCUAUGAUCGAGCAUACCAACGAGCUGGAGAAGUCGCUGUCCGCCGGCACACGAUACAUCGACUGCUUCAAGGGUGUCAACCUGCGACGGACAGAGGUCGUGUGUGGUGUGUGGCUGGUGCAGACCCUCUGUGGACAGAACCUGAUGGGCUACUUUGCCUAUUUCUGCGUGCAAGCUGGAUUGCCCACGGUCCAGUCGUUCAACCUCUCCUUGGCCCAGUAUGCUCUCGGAUUGCUGGGCACAAUGGGCUCAUGGUUCUUGAUGUCUGUUGCUGGUCGUCGCACACUGCACCUUUGUGGUCUGACGGCUGCCUUCAUCCUGAUGUUGAUCACGGGCAGUCUACACUGGGCGCCGGAGGAAAACAACGCAGCCAAAUGGGCGGUUGGUGUCAUGUUGAUCAUCUUCACCUUCUGCUACGACAUCACGAUCGGUCCCAUCACUUACUCCCUCGUGACGGAACUGUCAUCCACCCGGCUGAAGGCCAAGACGAUCGUGCUCGCCCGUGCCGGAUACAACAUCAGCAACAUCGUUGUCAACGUGUUGACCAACUACCAACUCAACUCGACCGCGUGGAACUGGGGCGCUGCUACCGCCUGGUUUUGGGGAGGAACCUGUCUCUGCUGUCUGGUGUGGGCUUUUUUCCGCGUGCCUGAGCCCAAGGGACGCACGUAUGAGGAGCUGGAUGUGCUGUUUGAGCGUGGAGUGUCGGCCAGGAAGUUCCACAAGACGCAUGUUGAUCCCUAUGAGGACUCGGUCGAGGUGCAUGAGGAUCAUGCAAAGGAAAUACUCGUAAUCGCAGUCUUAAGUAUGCCCAAUACCAAUAUUGACCUUCUCGGCACUGAAACUGAGGGGAUCGACGCUGUCCAGGACCUGCACCCUCGGCUGCGGGAUGGACUGAAAUCGGCGGGAAUCAGAGAGCUCACUGCAGUUCAGAGAAAGCUCCUCGAAAAAUCCAUGACUGGUCUGGACGUGGUUUGUAUCGCAGGGGAUCGCCACCGCUCAACCAUGGGCAGCGUGAUUGCAAUCCUGAAUGCAAUGCUGCAUUGGGAGACAGCGUGUCAAGCGAACUGGGAGACAGCGUGGCAUGCCCUUCUGGUAUUUCCAAACAUCAACAAAGCGAAGGAGUUCUCCGAAUUCCUUGGACGCCUGGCGCCAUCGACCAAACUUGUACGGCGGACUUUGAUUGAGGACGGUGAAGUGGACACUGACCUCAUCCAACCCCAUCUUCACCACUUGCUCGUUGCAACACCACAGGCACUGCUUCCUCGCGUCGAGUACAAAGAAGUGAAUCUGGAGUGGUUUCACUACAUUCUUUUCGACGGACCUUAUGAAACGCUGCAACCCGAUGAUCCAGGGGAGGACUGGAUGAAGUUCUGGGUAGAGCUCACACAGCAGAAUAGCAUACGCGUUGUCAAUAGUCCCGUCGGAAUUUCGAUCCCCGUUCUGAGGAGGUUUCUGCGACCUCUCCCCGAGUUUGAAAAGCUAUCAGCCGACGCUCCCGACGAGAAGUUGGUCGUGUUCGAGCUCAAACCCACAGAGAGUCGUCGGGCAGGCCUCCUCAGAUUCAUCCAAGAUCAUCUCCCCAAACGGAGGCAGCUCCUGAUUCUCACCGAUAGCUUCCACGACUCAAAUGGCUUACAUGCUUUUCUGAAGCAGCGAUUAGGGCGUCGUUAUGCUGUUAGAAGAACAUGUCCUAGGCAGGAAGAAACAGAGAUAGCCAUUGCCUCUUUUAGAGCUGGAGACACAAAGAUUUUCAUUCAUCACGGCGAGCCUCUGGACAGCCUCAAUGGCUACAAAGUACGAUUUGUGCUUUUCUUCACUGUCCCUGUCGCCUUGGGUCGUAUCUUUAUGGCCAUGAACUACAUUUCUGACACAGUCGGAUGCAUUCUUUUGCUUGUGGAUCCAGAAUCUGACAAGGAUCGCAUGCUCAGCGGUCAGUGGGACUUAUGGCAGCAAACAGUCGCAACGCAAGUAUCCGACAGGCUCUGUGUCACUGGGCUUCCAACCAACUGGUCAAAUCCGCGGGUCCUGGAAGCUAUGGCGCAGUACGAGCCCAAAAACAUUGAAAGAUACACAGAGACGGGAGACUGCGAAGAACUUCCAAUUGAAGGAUUCUGA